UUCUCUAUCACCCAAGGAACCUAGUAUGUGUACGUAUUUCAAAUGUCUGCCUUUAAAAUUGCUUAUGCCUGUCGUUAUUGUGGCAAUAUCGUCAGCUACAAGUCAGCCAAAGUGAAUGAGACGCCCUACGACUUGCUCCUGAGCAGGACCUUCAACCUAAUCCAAGAGGACAGGAUUAGGGAGACGAAUGGGGAGCGGUUCCAGAACCUGCACUGCUCCAAAUGCCGCAUGGAACUGGGUCUGCUGUGCUUGCAGAGCGAAAGGAAUGUCCAACUGAAGGGACUUUCGCUGUUGGAGAAGGUUCAUCUGGUGGUGUACGACUCGUACGAGGUGCCAUUCGAGAUGGCCUCACUUCGUGACUGAUGAAGCGUGUGGAAAUAAAGUUUGAGGGAAACAAUUAACAAUUUAAGGGACACACG